AUGCUGCCAUGGCUUCUUAUUUUCUCCAGUCUGGGUCUCUGGGUCUGGAGUGAUUCCUCCUGGGACAGAACACAAGCUAAGCAGACAUCAGAGGGGCUUCAGUACCUGUUUGGCAACAUCUCCCAGCUCAUUGAAAAAGAUGUCUCCACCGUGGUGUCUCGCAACGAGUGGGGGGCGGAGGCUGUCGGCUGCAGUGCUCAGCUGACCAUGCCAGUGGAUGUCCUUGUCAUACACCACAUCCCUGGCCUGGAGUGUCAUGACCAGACUGUGUGCAGUCAGAGGCUGCGUGAGCUGCGGGCCCAUCACAUCCACAACAACAGCGGGUGCGACGUGGCCUACAACUUCCUGGUUGGGGAUGAUGGCAGGGCAUAUGAAGGUGUUGGCUGGAAUGUCCAAGGUGUGCACACCCAAGGCUACAACAACAUCUCCCUGGGCUUUGCCUUCUUUGGCACCAAGAAAGGCCACAGCCCCAGCCCUGCUGCCCUGUCAUCCAUGGAGGGCCUCAUCUCCUAUGCUGUCCAGAAAGGCCACCUGUCAUCCAGGUACAUUCAGCCACUCCUUGUGAAAGGCGAGAACUGCCUGGCCCCUCGGCAGAAGGCGAGCCCAAAGAAGCUUGCCCCAGUAUUGUCCCGCGGUCUGCUUGGGGGGCCAGGGAGACCCACUGCCAAGAUGAACCUCCCAGCUAAGUACGUCAUCAUCAUCCACACUGCUGGGAGAACCUGCAACGUGUCGGACGAGUGCCGCCUGCUGGCCCGGGACAUCCAGUCCUUCCAGGUGGACAGACUCAAGUUAUGCGACAUUGGAUAUAACUUCCUUGUGGGCCAGAAUGGCGUCAUUUACGAAGGGGUGGGCUGGAAUGUCCAGGGCUCCUGCACCCCUGGCUACGAUGACAUUGCCCUGGCCAUUGCCUUCAUGGGAACCUUCACAGGUACCCCACCCAAUGCCGCAGCGCUGGAGGCAGCCCAGGACCUGAUCCAGUGUGCCGUGGUCGAGGGGUACCUGACUCCCAACUACCUGCUGGUGGGCCACAGUGAUGUGACCAACACCCUGUCCCCUGGGCAGGCUUUGUACAACAUCAUCAGCACCUGGCCUCAUUUCAAACACUGA